UGCCUCGAACUGAAACUGACAAUUAGUCGCCGUCUUAUGCUCCUCGCCAAAAGUCGCUUCUUGCCCCGCACUCAACUCGAAAACUCAAAACUUGCACAACGGCUCCCAAAUCAAAUAGAAAUAUCUAAUCGGUGAACAACGAUCGUGUGAAAGAACUGCCGCGUCCAAAAAUCAUAAUAACAAAUUAAUAAAAAAAAAGUUUAAAAACAAAAUUUGAAAACCAAGUUCUAGUAUCCUGUUCUGUUUGUGUUCUUCAGAUCAUGUUAAUUGUGAAUAUAUUUCAAAGUUGGAAAUUAACGCAUCAAGAUGAAGCGUAGAAAAAGCAGAAAUAAAGCCACGAGCCCCAAACCCAAACGUUCCAGAACUGGAGUCAUGUCAUGGGAUUGUUAUAUAAGGGUUCCAAACUCCUGAACAUAAUUCUGGAUUCCCUGGAAGAUCAAGAGGGUGGAGCUAUGUACAUAUCGUGCGAUGUCUCAAACGGCGGUCCUGUGGAACCAGAGACGGGCUAUGUGCCCAACAAUCCCCUGUUCGGCUUGGCGCUGGACAGCCCGCAGCAAGAGUGCGCCGCUUCCUGCGUCGGCUGUUUAUCCUGCCAGGGCAGCACCGCCCUGCCCAUCUCCUCGCUCACCAGCAGCGACUUCGACUGCGGCGGCUGCUUUGAUCCCACCAUUGGCGUGGGCGUCGGCGUGGGCGUGGGCAUCGGUGGCGGCGGCCACAUCCAGAUCAGCACCACACCGCCGGCGAGCAGCGGCAACGGGAGCAGCAACAACGGCGUGGGCGGAGGAUCGGCGGGUAACCACGGCUACUGGAGCACCGACGAGAUGGCCUCCACGUUUCCCGGCCUGCCGCCGCUGGACAUCGAUCCGCUGCCCAGUCUGUUCCCCUUCUCGCCGUGCGGCGCCUCCUACAACUUCGCCGCCGGCAAUCCGCACCAGGCAUCGCUCUCCUACACGGUCCAUCCGCACCAGAUGCUCAUCUCGCCCAAUUCCCACAACCACGGCCAGAUGCACUCGCAGCACCAACAGCACCAGCAGCAAUCCCAAUCCCAGACAUCGCACGUCGGCGGCAACUCGCUCCUCCAAGGAGGCGGUGGCCAGAGUAUCGGGAGCAAUGGUGGUUCCACCGGAGCGGGUAACUCGGCCGCCUGCUACUACGAAACCAGUGCGGGAGGCGCUCCACCUCCUCCUCCGCCGCCGGCUGCCAUGUAUCCCAGCAUGAGUGUGAAUGUCAGCAUGAACAUGACCAUGCAUCAUGGUUAUGGGGCCGGGGAUGCCAGUGGAGUGCCCAUGCAGUGCUCCCAGAUGAACUGGACGCCGCCGAGCAACUCCUCCUCGGCGGCAGCAGCGGCAGCGGCGGUGAAUGUGCUAUAUCCACCGCUCCUCAGUCCCAGUCACUAUCCCGCCUCGGCCACGUACUCCUUUACGGCGGACUUCCGGGCGCCGGCACCCACGGGAUUGGGAGCCACCCUGCCGCCGCUGACAGUGGGCGAGAAGGAGUCGCCGUCGCCGCCGGCAAGCUCCGCCUUGGGUGGCUACUACCCGACGGGCGUGGGCAACCAGGGAUACACGCCGCCACACAAGAGUCCCAGCAGUUACCAGGCGGCCGCCUUGGGUCUCAGCCUCUCCGGCUUCGAGGACGAGGAGGAUAGCAACGAGGACCUGGACGGAGACGAGGGCAGCAGUGGUGGCGAGAUGAAGCCCAAUCUGUGCCGGCUGUGCGGCAAGACCUACGCCCGUCCCAGCACCCUGAAGACCCAUCUGAGGACGCACUCCGGCGAAAGACCCUAUCGAUGCCCCGACUGCAACAAGAGCUUCUCGCAGGCCGCCAACCUGACGGCCCACGUACGCACACACACCGGCCAGAAGCCGUUCCGCUGCCCCAUCUGCGACAGGCGGUUCUCGCAGAGCUCCAGCGUCACCACGCACAUGCGCACCCACUCGGGGGAACGGCCCUACCGCUGCUCCUCCUGCAAGAAGUCCUUCUCGGACAGUAGCACCCUCACCAAGCACCUGCGAAUCCACAGCGGCGAGAAGCCCUACCAGUGCAAGCUCUGCCUGCUCCGAUUUUCACAGUCGGGAAAUCUGAAUCGGCACAUGCGCGUCCACGGCAACAACAACAACAACAAUGGCAGCAACGGUGGAACAGGAGUUGGAGGCGACACAUCUGGGGGCGGAAGUGCUGGUGGCAACAGCCUCCUCACAUGACAAAAGCCACGGAGUGCAGGCGGUUUCCAGCACUACCACCCCCCGCACACCCACCACAUGCACCACCAUCACCACCACGCCCACAUGGGCAACUACGACUACGGUAACUACAGCAUCGGCGAUUACACUCCACCCGGAGCCACACAAAACUAUUCAGGGUAUUAUUUCUGCGCACUCAACAAGCCGCCCAAGUUCGAACGAUUCUACUAGGGGCUUGAAGCUGAGGGAUUUCGAGAAAGAAGUCUUACCUAUAGGUAAAAUCAUCCAGAAGAGAACCAAACCAACGAAUGAUAGUAUAUCUGGGGAGUACACAAGAUUUCAGUACGAUAUUCAAACUGACAUCAUUUAAUACCUAUACAUAUAAACGUGUGGUUUAAAUACUAUUUUCAAUUUAACCUGCUGCAAUAGAGAUAUAAAAUUCCUCAUUAAAAACUUUAUUUUACUUACUUUAGUGAAAUUAUUCAAAUUCUUUUUCAAACAUCCUUUUAAAAAUUGUCAAUUUUAAAGAAUUGUAAUCCUAGUAAAACUUGAAGAUAUUAUACUCACUUCCUUGAUCCUAGCCCAAAUGCAGUUAAAAAUGCUCAAAUACAAAUUUCUGUCGGAUCGCGGAGAAUCGAACAAAUGUAGGCCUAAGAGCUGCACUGUACAUACAUAUACAUACUGUAUUUAUUAUAUUCGCCUAGCUUAAUAUGUAUCGAGUCCAAGUUAAUUCAUCCAAUCUAUAAUAAGGUAGUUGAAAACACGCAUAAAUCUAUUCCAAAUUAGCCAACGAAAUAGGAUUUAAGUCGGAUAUGAAUACGAAUCAUAAGACCAACAAACACAGCAGCACCCAAAACGAGAAUUAAAAUUGGAAUUGCCAAGGCAUAAUAAAUAUAAAACCUAUACACGAAUAUUGUUAAAAUACCAGUAAGAUUAACUUAGAUAUAGAUGUAAGACAGGUGCUUUGAUUUAAGCCAAUUUUUGAGUAUAUCAAAGAAAAGUAUGAAUAAAAUAUAAAAUUUAAAUUA